AUGCCGGUAUACACUGUGUCAAAUGUACAAAACUUGAAGAUCUGCGUGGUGAUGGUAGGGCUCCCCGCACGGGGCAAGUCCUUCAUCUCGCAGAAGAUCGUGCGGUAUCUCUCGUGGCUCUCAAUCAAGGCGCGGUGCUUUAACGUCGGCAAUUACCGGCGGCAAGCAGGGGCGGCCAAACCGAGCGCCGAGUUCUUUGCCUCAGACAAUGCGAUGGGGAUGAAGGUGCGCCGGCAGGCCGUCGAGCAGGCGGUGGCCGACAUGAAUCGGUGGUUCUUCGAGGAGGACGGGAUUGUGGGGAUCCUCGACGCGACCAACACGACACAUGAGCGGCGCGACUGGAUCCUCAAGAUGUGCCGUGAGAAUGGGAUCGAGCCGAUGUUCCUGGAGAGCUGGUGCAAUGACCAGGACAUCAUCCUGCGCAACAUCCUGGAGAUGAAGGCCACCUCCCCGGACUACGAGGGCUGCGAUCCCGAGGACGCGCGGCGUGACUUCCUGGAGCGUAUUGCCAAGUAUGAGGACGUGUAUGAGCCCUUGGACGAGACCCGCGAUCAGGACCUCACGUUUGUGCGUCUGAUCAACGUGGCACAGCAGGUCAUCAUCAAUCGCAUAGAGACUUACCUGGAGAGCCGCAUAGUGUUCUACGUCAUGAACCUGCACAUCAAGCCACGCGUCAUUUGGCUCUCGCGGCACGGGGAGUCUGUGUACAACCUCGAAAAGAAGAUCGGCGGGGAUUCCCACCUAUCGCCUCGCGGCCUGGAGUAUGCCCGCAAGCUCCCAGAGCUGGUCCGCGAGUCUGCCGGCAACGUCGACCUCACGGUCUGGACCUCCACCCUCGUGCGCACCGGCGAGACAGCACAAUUCCUGCCAUAUAAGCAACUGCAAUGGAAGGCCCUAGACGAGCUCGACGCAGGCGUCUGCGACGGUAUGACGUACGAGGAGAUUGAGGAGAAAUACCCGGAGGACUUCAAGGCGCGCGAUGAGGACAAAUACGAGUACCGCUAUCGCGGAGGCGAGUCCUACCGCGACGUCGUGAUUCGCCUGGAGCCCAUUAUCAUGGAACUAGAGCGCCAGGAGAACAUCCUUAUCAUCACCCACCAGGCCGUGCUGCGCUGCAUCUACGCCUACUUCAUGAAUGUCCCGCAGGAGGAGUCACCGUGGGUGUCCAUCCCGCUACACACCCUAAUUAAGCUGGAGCCUCGUGCCUACAGCACUAAGGUCACCAGAGUCAAGGCGAACAUAGAGGCCGUGAGCACGUACAAGGAGAAGGGUACCAGUCGAGUCGGGGAGCCUUCUCAGGACCGUCGCCCACUACAGUAG